UUCAGACUGGGCCUUAGCCUUAAGCAACAGCUGGAGUUCGCAUAGUAAUUGGCCGUCCCAAACCCUGUGUUGGCCCUUGGAGGAACAGUUUCAGGAGCUUGGUUUGCUCCUGGCUUGUGCCCCAGCACCUCUUUUCUCUGAAUGAGCUAUUCUGCCCAUCUCUGAUGGGAACAGAAUGCGGGAUGGCGUCACGUGCCUGCCCUGAUCCAGCAUGGCUCCUUUUGUGUACUUACUGGAAGUGUACAAAAGUGCGUGCAGCUCCAUCCAGCCUAGUCCCCUGAAGGAGUGGGUGUUCGUCAGGCACAGGUGCGGCCCAGGGGCUCUCAGCUUUUGAAAACGGGAACAACUGUGGUUGUCCACAGGUCACCUCCGAUUCCCUGGGACUCUCCUGCCAGCCCUCUGUGCUGCUGCUGCUGCUUUCACUUUGCCCGUCCUUCCUCACUGCUCUCCGCUAUUUAGCAUGGCAGCUGGUCCCCUGGUCACCGCUGCCUCAGUGCCUCAUCAGCUGAGAGUUGCUUUUGGGAGAAGGAAGCAUCUUGUGGAUAGUUCUGGAAUCCUUGGUCCUGUCUCUUCCAAAACAGGUCAAAUAAAUUUGGAUGGACGGGUCUGGACCUGUGAGACCCUCUGCGGGCCAAAGACCAGAGCCCUUCAGGAACCACCCUGUGCUCCCACGAUGCGCAUCUUCUUCUGCCAAGGCGUGCUUGCGGUUGCCUUUGUCAUCAACCUGCUGAUCCUCUACUACAUUUCACAGCUUCAGCAGCGCAUCUUGCACCUGCACAGGGACCGGGCGCAGCUUGGCUCCCGUCAGCCACUGGGGCUCCUGAGGCCUGGCGUGACCAUCCUCAUCAGGGAGUUUGAGGAUUUUGAAAACUAUGUUCCGGAUGUGGUGAGGUCGUUUCUGAAGCAGAGCCCAGAGCUGCCCGUGGUGGUGGUGGCAGACCGCUUGCCGUACCCGCCAUUGCUUCUGCCCCGUACUGCAAACAUCCAGGUGGUGCUGCUCAGGCCAACCCCGGACCAGGCCGCUGUCGUAUUCAGGCCCGAGAACUACGUGCGGACAGAACACGUGGCGCUGGUGCCAGAUGGAGCGAAGGCGGAUGCCACAUCCCAGCUGGAGCGAAUGCUGGAGGAGUUUAAGAGUAGCCAGGGAAAGGCCGAGAUGGUUGCCGCGCCAGUGAACUCGCUGGCGCCCCUCCAGUGCUUGAACCUCAGGGUUAGCCUGAAGGAGUGGACGGCCGAGUACGCAGAAGCUCCUUCGCCCUCCAAGCUGUGUGCAGCCUUGAAGGGGCAGGCUGUCCUCCUCCUGCGCACCAAGGACCUCUUCAAUCUCUCCAUGCCCUUGGCCAAGCCCCUUCUGACCUCCCUCUUCGUCCAGACUUCCCUGCGAGGCUGGACCGUCCGCAUCCUUGACAUUUCCUUCCCGGCACUUCACCUGCCUCUGCUCACCUCUUCUCACAACCAGUGGAAGGCUGACAACCUUGACAAGUCCAACCGACAGCAGCUCUUUCGCGACUUCGGCAUCAAGCGGGUGAUCCUGGAGGACGGGAAGCAGCAGUGGUUUGGAUGCAGUAAGGAGACGCCACGAUGCUUCGGCACCAUCCAUGACGACACUCCGGAGUACCUCUACCAGAACCGCUGGACCCCACCUUGUUGCCUCAAAGCGCUGAGAGAAACGGCCAAGUACGUCAUCAACAUCCUGGAGACGUCUGGGGUGCGGUACUGGCUGGAAGGGGGAACGCUGCUUGGGGCGGCCCGUUACCAGGACAUCAUCCCGUGGGAUUAUGAUGUUGACCUUGGCAUCUACCUGGAGGAUAUCCCCAACUGUGAGCUGCUCAGGAAUGCGGAGUCGGGCUCCAUUGUGGAUGAGAAGGGCUUUGUCUGGGAGAAGGCCAUCGAGGGGGACUUCUACCGAGUGCAGUACAGCGAGCGCAACCACUUGCAUGUUGACCUGUGGCCCUUCUACCCCAAGAACGGCUUGAUGACCAAGGACACGUGGAUGGACCACCGGCAGGACAUCGAGUUCCCCGAGCAUUUCCUGAAGCCGCUGGUUCCCAUCCAUUUUGCAGGCUUCAUUGCCCUGGCGCCUAAUGACUACCGGAGCUUCCUGGAGCUGAAGUUUGGAGAGGGCGUGAUCGAAAACCCAGAGUAUCCAAACCCAGCACUGAAGAGCAUGAAGAAAGGAAACCGAAUGGAUGCCCACGAAGCUCCAAGCCUGACAGGGAGAGAAUCUCAGAAAUGAGAUCUUUCCUUUCACGGAAAGGAGUUGCGUGCACACCAUGCCGCUUACCGCUUCAGCGAUUGGGCGGUAUUAAAAUUAAUUAAAUAAAUACGUAAAUAAGCAA